GCGCGCGGGGCGUGGGGCGGCGCGCAGCGGUGCGGCAGGGGGGCGCGCGGCGCGCGGACAAUACCGGGGCGGCGGCGGCGGCGGCUCGAACCCGCUCGGCUCGGCCCGGACCCGCUCGGCCCCGCUCGGCUCCGCCCCGCCGCGGCCCCGCUCGGCUCGGCCCCGGCCCCGGCUCGGCCGGCACCAUGCUGGCGCUCUUCAACAAGCUGCUGGACUGGUUCCGGGCGCUCUUCUGGAAGGAGGAGAUGGAGCUGACGCUGGUGGGGCUGCAGUACUCGGGCAAGACCACCUUCGUCAACGUGAUCGCGUCAGGACAGUUCAACGAAGACAUGAUCCCAACAGUGGGCUUUAACAUGAGGAAGAUCACCAAGGGGAAUGUUACCAUAAAGCUCUGGGACAUAGGUGGCCAGCCACGGUUUCGCAGCAUGUGGGAGCGGUACUGCCGUGGAGUGAGUGCCAUCGUGUACAUGGUGGAUGCUGCCGACCAGGAGAAGAUAGAGGCCUCCAAGAAUGAACUACACAACUUGCUUGACAAGCCGCAGCUCCAGGGCAUCCCGGUCCUAGUCCUGGGGAACAAGCGAGACCUGCCCGGUGCCUUGGAUGAGAAGGAGCUCAUUGAGAAGAUGAACCUCUCCGCCAUCCAGGACCGAGAGAUUUGUUGCUACUCCAUCUCCUGCAAAGAAAAGGACAACAUUGACAUCACCCUACAGUGGCUUAUCCAGCACUCAAAAUCUAGGAGAAGCUGAGAUCCCACGGACUGCGGCUCAGAUCGGGAAGAUGCCAUUGUACAAGCCCAUGCCCCUUCUCUCUCCUGUUCUGUCCCUCCAGCUCUCUCUCUAGAUGGGUAUUUUUAGGGGACCCCAGACUCCGCUCGCAUUGAGGUGGAGCUCUUGUUUUUAUUGUAAAGAAAAUGUCUGACUGCCCUCCUCUCCUCCUCUGUCUGUCUCUUCCUCCCAUUUUGGCACUGUUCUGUUGUUGUCUGUGUAUACAGUAUAUAUAUAUGUAUAUAUAUUUUAAUUUUUUAAUUUAAGCGAUAGCGCUGUUACUAAACUGGGCCCUGUGAGCAGUAGGCAGGCUGUGGGCUCCCCAAGGCCGACCAAGGGUCAGCACUGGGAGGAAGAUGAGGGUGGUAGCAGAAGGCAGCCCCUUGGGGAUGGGGCUGUGCCAGGCUGCAGGCAGGUCCCCCAGGGCUCCCUUGUCCCAUCCCGUGCCCUGUCUGAACUCCCAGGCAGAGAACAUCCUGGGGAUGUCUGGAGCACACCCGCCUUGCCCUUCCUUGGGCUUCAGCCCCACGAGCAGGGUUUGGGGGGCAGGUGAUGCUGCCCCCCAGACUCCUCGGCCCUCCAGGGGGGACAGGGACUAAUCGCAACCCGCUGCAGUCAGCCUCCCCACCAUUGCCUCUGGCUGCCGUGUCACUGCGCCCCAGCCCCUACUCGCCACCCGGCUUCCCUUGUUCCCAUGUUCCUGCCCCAGCCCCUGUGCUUGGGCCAAAUUCUGCUCUGCUGCCCAGUCCCGUGCUGGGGUGGUGAUCCGCAGGGCUGGUGCUAGUGCAGGGAGGGCCCGGUGAUGUGGCAGCACCCAUGGGGGAAGCAGGGGGCUGGCUUCUGCCUCCUCCCUGGCCCAGCUGCCCCCAGAGGUAGCUCAACCCCACGCAGCUUCUCGGGGCAGCCACGCUGGUUCCCCACGUGCCAAAAAGCAUCGCCUGUGCCCGGCUGGGAGCUGCUGGCUCUGUCCUGGCCGAGGACAUCGUGUGGGUAUGCCAGGGGGGGGGACACACACGCAUGGAGCCACCUGGAGCUGCGCACGAGGCUGAGAGCCCCUGUGUGCACACGGCUGCCCACCAGAGCCAGGGGUGCUCUGCCUGCCCCGCUCCCCGCACUGGCCGCUGCCUCCACUGCCCUGGCUGCGGGGGGAUGCAGAGGCAGGGGGGCAGGGGGCAGUGGGGCUGGGGGGGGGCACGGUUGGGUCCUUAUCCACAGGUGGGGAAAAGGCAAGAGGAAAUGUUGCGGUGGUCAGGAAGGCUGUUCCCAUCUGUGCUGUGUGAUGAGUUGUUGGGUCUCUGCAGGCACAGCCUGAGUGUGUCACCAGGUUGUCUGGGGGCAGGCUGGGGACUUGGCUGCACCGGGGGGAGACGCUGGCAGCGGGAGGGUGGGUGUGUGGUAGGGUCAGGUCAGCAGCACAGCGGGCAGGUGGCUGAUCUGUCCCCAGGUUGGGGCAGGGGGAGAGGGUUGCGGUGGCCCAGGGACAGGGGGCUGCGGGGCCCCUUUCCCGGCCCUUUACUCGGCUCUGGGGCGGUGAGGUCAGGGGUUUCUCUUCUGUUCUCGUUUUUGCAGAAUUGCACAAAGAGAGGUUUCCUUUUUUUUUUUUUUUUUUUUUUUUUUAAUUCAAUGAAUUGUAAAGUGUUGUCAGCCCUCAGCCCCCCCCUCCCCUCCUUUUCUUUUUUUUUUUUUUUAAGAGAUAUUUUGGCUCAGUUUUGACCUCUGUUGAGAAAUGAUUCUUGUAACUGUACAAUUUUUUUGCCUCCUAAUAAAUUAACAAUUUUGCGUUG